AUUUGCAAAUUAGUUAUCAAGCCGAGAAAUUUGUUUGAGUUCUCCUCGAAUAGUUAAUUCAAAAAUAAUAGUGGAAAAUGUCGAUUCAGGCUCAUAGCAAGAAGCGAGUGUGUUAUUAUUAUGAUAGCGACAUUGGAAAUUACUAUUAUGGGCAAGGCCAUCCCAUGAAACCUCAUCGUAUACGCAUGACACACAAUUUAUUAUUAAAUUAUGGCUUAUACAGAAAAAUGGAGAUUUAUAGACCUCAUAAAGCUACUGCCGAUGAAAUGACCAAAUUUCAUUCAGAUGAUUACAUUAGGUUUCUGAGGUCGAUCAGACCUGAUAACAUGUCAGAAUAUAACAAGCAGAUGCAAAGAUUUAAUGUCGGUGAGGAUUGUCCAGUAUUCGAUGGUCUCUAUGAAUUUUGUCAAUUAUCAGCUGGUGGGUCUGUUGCCGCAGCUGUUAAGUUAAAUAAGCAAGCAAGUGAAAUUUGCAUCAACUGGGGCGGAGGUUUGCAUCAUGCAAAGAAAUCUGAAGCCUCUGGUUUCUGUUAUGUAAAUGAUAUAGUGUUGGGUAUAUUAGAAUUACUAAAAUAUCAUCAAAGAGUAUUGUAUAUUGAUAUUGAUGUUCACCACGGUGAUGGAGUCGAGGAAGCAUUCUACACUACAGAUCGUGUUAUGACUGUAAGUUUCCAUAAAUACGGGGAAUAUUUCCCUGGAACAGGAGAUCUUAGAGAUAUUGGUGCAGGUAAAGGCAAAUAUUAUGCAGUUAACAUUCCUUUAAGAGAUGGUAUGGAUGAUGAGUCCUAUGACUCAAUUUUUGUACCCAUAAUUUCAAAAGUAAUGGAAACAUUUCAACCGUCUGCAGUUGUUUUACAAUGUGGUGCAGAUUCUUUAACCGGUGAUCGUUUGGGCUGUUUCAAUUUAACAGUCAAAGGUCAUGGAAAGUGUGUGGAGUUUGUCAAAAAGUACGGCCUCCCGUUCCUCAUGGUGGGAGGUGGAGGUUAUACUAUUAGGAAUGUAUCCAGAUGCUGGACAUACGAAACAUCAGUAGCUUUGGGUUGUGAAAUUGCAAAUGAAUUACCUUACAACGACUACUUUGAAUACUUUGGUCCAGAUUUCAAACUGCACAUAAGUCCAAGUAAUAUGUCCAAUCAAAACACAAAUGAAUAUCUUGAAAAAAUUAAGAAUAGACUCUUUGAAAACCUAAGAAUGCUUCCACAUGCUCCUGGUGUGCAAGUCCAGGCAAUACCUGAAGAUGCCGUGAAUGAUGAAUCGGAUGAUGAAGAAAAAGUGGAUAAGGAUGAGAGGCUUCCACAGAGUGAUAAAGAUAAGCGUAUUGCUCCAGACAAUGAAUACUCUGAUAGCGAAGAUGAAGGAGAAGGCGGCAGGAGGGAUAACAGGACAUACAAAGGGCAGAGGAAAAGACCUAGGCUGGACAAAACUGAUGGCUCCAAAGAAGGAGAUGUUAAAAUUGAAGAUAAGGAAGUGAAAGAAGAGAAAGAGGAUCUCAAAACAAAUGCAUCGGAUGAAGCAAAGAAAGAGCCGUUGCCAAACCCCUGAUAAAAAAAAAAUGAACAAAUAUGAAAAUGUACAUAUUUGAGCAAAUAAUUUCAUUUUCCAACUUCUUGACAAAUUA